ACUAUAAAAACCUAGCAAUGACUAUUAUCCCUGAAACAUCUUUCGUUCCUUUCCCACCAUAUGCCCCUCAAAGCUGCGAGCAAUGCUAUAAGCCAUUUCCAUUCGUCGGAUGAAGAGGGGAAGCCACCAUGUCAGGCCAUAAAGAGCCGACUCAAAGAGAAAUGCUGAUAGGAUGCUUUCCCAAACCCCUACCACAAAGGUAUGUAGUUGUAAGCAUACUAGCUACUGACAAAUAUCAUUCUCCAAAAUUUCUUAAAUUUACCAAUUUCUCAUGAGAUUUUUAGGUUUCACUUAAGGGCCUGUUUUCAUCAUGCAAGUUGGCAUGAUGGCAUUGGAAUCUUUUGGUGCAUAGCUGUUAUAUUUGAGCAUUUAAACAAUUUGAACUUGGAUGUGGAUGGAUCUAUGUCAAUCUCUGCAGGUAGAAACUUUAUUUCUGAAAAUGCAUAUGAAGAUGUCAUUAGUCAGAUGAAGGAUUUAUCUGUUGAAGCUAGAGGGAAGGGCACUUCCAAGAAAGAACUUGAUUGUCAACGCAGCCUUUUCUAUGAUAUCAUGGAAUGCAUUGAGUGGAUGAAAAUGUUGGUCCUGAAGGUAUUGAAAAGGCAGUUGUUCUUAUUGUAUAUGUCUCACCUUCUUCCAAUGCUCAGCCUACAACUACACAAGAUAGUGCCUUUGUUCCUACUUCACAUGGUGACUGCAACAUACCCGUUAAUGCAACUCUCGUCUAUGACAAUCUUUUCGUUGGAAUUUACAACUGAAGAUCCAACAAGAUGGAGAGAUUUUAUGGCAUUGGGUAAGAUGAGAAGGCCACUUAGGUGUGAUGGUAUCAUGAAAUUUCUUGGAUAUGAAAUGUGGUUGCUUUUGAAAUUUUGA